AUGUACAGAUUUACUAUUUUGGCACUACAGGUCAAGAUCCUCGCUCGGAUACUGGGUCAGCAACCACUGCCAACAGAGCUGAUGGAUUUUCAUGCCCAACUGGUGGGUAUCCUAAGCACGCUCACUCCUGCUGACCUCUCUGCACUGCUAGACAAAGUGGCUCCAUCCUCAAUGGUUCCAUUGUCACUCUCUGACAGCCCACCUUCUGUCACCAUGCAUCAAGGCCUAACAACAUCAUCACCAGCCCGAUUUGGUGAAGAGCAAACCCAAGCUGACGAGUCCCAAUUGCAGACCAAUCAAUCUCUGCAACAAUCUCUGGCGGUGAUACGCUCACAAAGACGCCAACCACGCCAACACCCAUAUGCUGCUACAGCUCCUGCUCCUACUCUUGCACGUUGA